GUUGGCGGGAGCACAAGCCAGUGGUCAGAUGCAACAUCCUGCCUGGUGUUGCUUUGGUCAAGACUGCCCAAAGUGGAGUGAAGUCAGGAGCUGAGAACCCCAGCCACACUGACGGGAUGGGAAAUAACCUGCUGAGAGAACUCAAUUGCCUCAGAGACAAUCAAAAGCUCAGGAAGGUAAACCCAGACGUGGAACAGAAACGGCAGGAAAUGACUACAGUUGAAAGACAAAAUCAAGGUCAAGAUAAGAAAAGUAAAGAAGUUUCAUCCACUUCUAAUCAGCAGGAAAAUGAGAAUGGCAGUGGCUCUGGAGAGGUGUGCUACACUGUCAUCAGUCACAGCUCCUGUCGGAGGCCUUCCUUGAGCUCCAAUGAAAAUGGUUAUGAGAACAUCGACUCUUGUGCAAAGAGAGUGAGAUCUUUUAAAGAAGGGUCAGAAACAGAAUACGCCCUCCUCAAGACUACUUGCAUUACUAGGCCUCCUUCCUGCACCCCUGAGCAUGAUUAUGAACUCGUGCUUCCCUACUAGAACCUCAUGCCUCAUCAUCUUUCAGUAACAAAGAUGGUACAGAAUAGUGACCUCUGGGCAAGUCUCUCUCAGCAGUUCAUAAAACAUUAAUUUCUGGCCAGAGUUUAGAAAUGAUAUCCUUUUACUCUAUUGCCUGGGGAAACUCUUAAACAUGGCAUCUCUGUGGUUUGCAUGAAGCCAUAUAAAAUGACAUAAUGAUAUAAAGUAUUCUACAUCUUUUGGUUUGUCAAGUUGGAGGACAUUGAGAUGGUGGGGGAAACCAUAUUUGUCAAUAAGCAUCUACAAAUAUUUGACCUAAAAUAUUCAAUUCCAACCAUGCUGUCCAAAUUUCAAAUGCCAAUAUUCUCAUUUCUAAUUAUUUGUUUUAGUUUUAAAAUGUAAUCCACUCAAUGAACUUUUAAAAUAUAAGACCAGUGGUGAGCCCCAUUGCUAGCCUGAUAUUUAAUUCAAUUUCACCUUCUAUAUAUUUUUGAAAUUUUCCAUGUAUUUGGGAUUUUACUUGCAGUAGCAAUUCAAAAAUCGAUAGUUUUU